AUGAGCGCGUUCCCGAUGCUCCGUACCGUGCCACAGGCAUGCCGUACGAUCUCGAUGGCCGAGGCGCGUGUUGGACUGAGGACGAGCAUGCCACAGCAGAUGCGCACGUACUAUGGCAAGCGUAUCGACCCGCGCAUGCGUCUGGACAAGGCAGCGCGUCGCGGACCUCGCGUAAUGGAGGCAUCCGCAUCCACGUCUGGCUCCACGGUGCGCAUGGGUGUCAUGCUCGGCGGUGGCUCUCUCAUCGCUGCUGCUGGCCUGAGCGCAUUUGGAUCGCAGCGUGUUCAGUGCGAGUCGGCGCGUCCGUACGCCUCUGCACCCGUAUCGGUGGAGACGUCGGGCGAUACCACCACAGUGUCCACGCAGCCGGAAAGCAUGGUCAACGUCUACCAGCUCUCGUUCGGCACCAUCUGCGGCGUGUGCGCGGGUGUGUUCAUCAAGAAGGGCCUCAAACUCAUCGCCUUCCUCCUCGGCGGCUGCUACGUCUUGCUCCAGUACCUCAACGGCCAGCGCCUCAUCAGCGUCAACUGGAACGCCAUCAACUCGCGCUACGACAAACUCGUCAACUCCGCUGCGGGUCCUCAAGCUGUGAAUGCGCGUGGCUACUCGGGCAGCAAGCUCCAGCGCAUCUGGGCCAACUUUACCAACUUCCUCACCGCCGACUUCCAGCCGCGCGCCACGUUCUUGGCCGGCCUCCUCCUCGGUCUGCGUCUCGGAUAG